GUGCAUAUUGUGGAGCAAACGAGUAAUACAAUGCAAUAGUAAUUAAAACAUAAUAAUAGCAUGUGUCGCAAACAAAUGGAGAAAGUAUUCGUAGGCGUAGUAUGUUUGUGUUUAUUGUAACUUGCAUUAGUAGCCUAUCCCAUUCCCAGGUUUUUUGAUAAGGGCGAGGAGCGGAUGUGCUUUUCAGAAUGUCAAAUUAGUUUACUGAAAUGUGGUGAGAACCAAAAACAUAUGAGACACAAAUAAACAGAUAGCAAACCUGAUGAUGUUCACCUUACUGGAGGAGAAGUGAUAGAGAAGGAAAACAAUCUAAUUACAAACAUUGUGUAAUUAGCAUAUUCCAUUUUCCAUCCACUGUAGCUUAUUAGCAGUGCAAUAAAAGUGUGUUUUCUUUAUUUAAGUUACAUUCUGCUGUUCAAUUGCGAGACAAUACACGACGUAAUACAUACGUGCAUUUGGGUAAUGUAGUAUACAUAUGUACAUAUAAACAAACACGUUUUUGUGAAAUCCUGAGAGGAUUGCAUUGAAUAAAAAAGCCUCUAAAUAUGAUAUGACCAAUAGUCAUAUCGAUGGCCGAUGUAUUUGGAGUCACAUGCAGACAGAGAGGAUGACGCAGACUGCGUAACAGCAGCACUCAAAUGACGGAGCGAUGUGGGUUUUAUUUCCAUGUAUGAAUUCAGAGACUUGACUGAACUUGCUGCUGGCUCCACCCUCCGUUAGUCUCCUACGUGUUAGAACGGUUGCCUCCAACUAACGAGCAUCUCGGGGAAAACAGGGUGGGGGAAAAAAGAAUUCCCCCCGGUUCUCAUCUGGAGGAAUAAAGCCGCUUCACGGCCGCCGCAACUUCGUCAACUUUAAACUCUCAACGGCAUCCUACAUUGCGGAGAGAAAACAGCCCAAAGAGACAGCUUUCCUCUGCGUUCUCCGCCUCGGAUUAAGUUCUGCACGGAAACAAAUGAUAUCUGAGAGGAGCGGAGAGAGGAGGUGGGUGUCGGGUACAAGCCCGAGUGUUUGUUCUGUUACGCACGGUUCUCCGAUAGAAGCGUGUUUGGGUUUGGACAACAAGUGGGAAAAGUAGUCCCAAUUGUUUCUGCCGCUGCGUGAUCUAAAUCCCCCGCAUAUAUAUAUAUAUAUAUAUAUCUGGGGAUUUUUAAAGAUUUAAUCCCGGGUUUGGGAGGGGAGGGGGGGGGGGAGGAGAAGGUUAAAUAAAGAAAACAUUCUUGCUCCAACAAAAAACGCAAAUCAUAAUUGUGCUAGAGUUAUGGCGUUAAAGGCCAGAGUGUUGUACGACUUCCACUCUGAAAACCCAGGGGAGAUCUCCAUAACAGAGAAGGAGCUGGUGACUCUCUUCAGCGAGGAGGAGCUGGAUGGCUGGCUGGAGGGGGAGAACAGCAGGGGGGAGGCUGGCCUCUUCCCUGCCUCCUAUGUGGAGAUCCUCAGAGACCACAUCACCUCCAACACCAACAAUAACGGCCUGUCCUCGCCCAAAAUCAAAGUCCCGUCGCCCACCCAAACCUCCCAAACCUCCCACGUCUCCCACGCCUCCCCAGACGCCCAGUCCCAGAGAGGACUCGGGGCCGGCAGCGGGGGCAGCGGCGGAGGCAGCUUCCACACCAGCCAGGGCAGUGAUGACGACUGGGACGACGACUGGGACGACAGCUCUCCUGCGGUCGAUGCGUCCCAGGGUCUCGGCAGAGCGCCCCCCUUGUACCCGGUGACCACCUCCCUGCCCGGGCGGCGCGAGAGCACCCAGCAGCAUCAGCAAGCCAAGAGCUCGGCAACAGUGGGGAGGAACCUCAACAGGUUCUCCACCUUUGUCAAGUCUGGUGGGGAGGCCUUCCUGCUCGGGGAGGCCUCUGCGUUCGUGAAGGACGGGGACAGUAUCUGCUUGGUGAUGGGGAUGCAUGGACCCGAGUGGCAGGAGGACCCGUACCCGUUCAUGUGCACCAUCGACGACCCCACCAAGCAGACCAAGUUCAAAGGCAUGAAGAGCUACAUGUCCUACGGCCUGACCCCGACGCACACCAACGUACAAGUCAACCGCAGGUACAAGCACUUCGACUGGCUGUACGCUCGGCUUGUGGAGCGCUUCCCGGUCAUCUCAGUCCCCCACCUGCCGGAGAAGCAGGCCACGGGCCGCUUCGAGGAGGACUUCAUCUCUAAACGGAGGAAGGGACUGAUCUGGUGGAUGAACCACAUGACCAGCCACCCGGUGCUGGCACGCUGCGACGUUUUCCAGCAUUUCCUGACGUGCGGGGUGGACGAGAAGGCCUGGAAACAGGGCAAGAGGAAGGCAGAGAGGGACCAGCUGGUUGGCUCCAAUUUCUUCCUAACAAUCAGCACGCCUGCUGUCCCGCUGGACCUCCAGGAAGUAGAGAGCAAGAUCGAAGGCUUCAAGAGCUUCACCAAGAGGAUGGACGAGAACAUCGUGGUCGUGAACACCGCCAUCAGCGAGUUCGCUCGCAAGCAGAUGACGGGGUUUAAGAAGGAGUACCAGAAAGUCGGACAGUCCUUCGCACUCCUUGGGCAGGCGUUCGAGCUGGACCAGCAGACCUACUCGGCGGGCCUGAACAGAGCCAUCGCCUACACCGGCGAGGCCUAUGAGACGGUGGGAGAGUAUUUCGCUGAGCAGCCGCGCAAGGACCUGGCUCCCAUUUCUGACCUGCUGGACCUCUACAGAGGACACCUGGCCAACUUCCCUGACAUCAUCCAUGUGCAGAAAGGUGCACUGACCAAGGUCAAAGACUGUCCGAAGCAGGAAGGCGAGCUCCACGACCGCUGCAACAUCAUUUCCUGUGCCACGCUCGCAGAGAUCCAGCACUUCCACCGCACGCGCGUACGGGACUUCCGCUCCCAGAUGCAGCACCACCUCCGUGAGCAGAUCGUCUUCUUCCAGAAGAUCACGGCCAAGCUGGAGGAUGCGCUUCAGAAAUAUGACGAUGACCAGUAGGAAGGCGUGGGGAGAGAACAGAGGAGUUGGACUUCAAAGAGGGGAAGGGCUGGAUCGAGGGUAGGUGGGGGGAGGGGCUUAACCCUUGUGUUGCCUUAGGGUCAUUUUGACCCGAAUCAAUAUUACACCCUCCCCCCGCCUAUGGGUCAUUUUGACCCGAUUCAAUGUUUCACCCUCCUGUUACCUUUAUAUUUACAAACAUAUUUUACCCUUUGGGUUCAAUUUGACGCCAGCAAUUAAAAACUCCAGAAAAUUAUUAGAAUUAAUAUUGUUUUCCAAGUUUAAGUGUGAGGCAUUUUAUGUUUGUUUGUUGACUACCGAAAGAACACCGACAUUAAACAUUGAAUGGGGUCAAAUUAAUCCUAAGGCGGGGGGAGGGUGUAAUAUUGAUUCGGGUCAAAAUGACCCUAAGGCAACACAAGGGUUAAAGAAAAGACCAUUCAUGGAUUGAUUGAUGUGUUCUUCCUACAUUAUUGGAGAACAUCUUAAGGUCCUUUAAGAGACAACCGUUUUUGAUGCGGUGAAUCCUGUGCCUGGUACAAGCAUUGGAAGAAAUAUAGCACUCUUUAAAAAUAAAAAAAAGAGCGAGCCACAUCCACUCGACUGUGGAAAGACAACUUCUUGGAUUCUCUUGACGGCCUUGAUGAAUGUACCAGAAACAGGGGAUUUUGCUGACGCUCCAGGCGCAUCUUGCAACUCAGCGGGACCGCGACAGAUAUUCAAAACAGCUGCUCUCAAUGUGACGGGGCUGCCUCCCAAUUUCCGGAUACAGGCACGCCUCUUUACUGCCUCAUGCACCGCUUUAUGGAAACCUUCUGCUCUGGGACACGGUAACUCUCCAAAUCACUGAAAACAGGAUGUUUUCAUGAUUGAAAAACAGGACUUGAUUUGAAUGAUUUCUUUUUUCUCUAUAUGCGUGUUUUUACUUGAAUGACCUGUUCAGUAUUGUGUUGAUGGGCCGUGACUGUAUGCAAGUGUUUGCUUGUGAUUGAGGACAGAGGACGGACACAUGGGUGUAAUCUCUUCGAAAGGAGUUCAGUUGUUGGAUUUCUUUACAGCUUGAAACGUGACCUACUUCUGAUGUCCAACAUCUGUCACAACUCGGAUGCUGUCACAUCUUUGCUAUGUUAGAAUUGAUUCAGCGUUUUAGUCUUGCCAGACUUAAAACAAUAACUGAUCUCCGACUGAUUUAAAAUUUCGUGUCAGACUAUCUUCUUGUCUUUGGAAGUAGCUCCACAGUUUAAUUUUGUUGGGUUACUGCAGUCCUUUAGUUGUAUACAACCCCAAGUCCACAUCUGUCUUCCUGCUGUCCCUCAAUCAGAGGAGCUCAGGUCAGGCUCAGGGUUCAGAAAACCUCAACGUGACGGAUGUUUCUUAGCAUUGAAUAUUUGAAUCCAGAUAUUUCAGUUCAAAGCCACCACGUGGAGGUGUUUUCAGUGGUUCUAGCAUAUUUAAAUUGUUUCCUGAGGGUAUAGUCUUUCUCUAUUAUUCAAAAAAAGUUCAAAGACAAUCUCGUUGCAAUUCCAUGUGUUUCUCUUCAUUUUCAUUCUGUCCUUUGUGGUACUAGCACUUGAGGGCGCCAAAGUUGGACAUUUUCAUAUUCUGCAUAGUAACUUUAAUAAUGAUGGUUGCUCUUCUAAGUAUGCUAACUUGCAACUCUAAAACAUUCUUGUUAAACCUAUACAUAACCAACAUAAGCACGCAGUACUGUAUUUUGACAAGCUUAGGACCUGAUGAAGAUCAUCAAUAUAAAUUGAUCAUCCAUUACAUCUCUGAGAUUACAGUAUGUAGUGCUGUCAACUAUAUGCUCACAUGGAUAAUUUAUUGUCAAGGUUGUACUUCACACUCCUUUGCUUGGAUUUUUACCUCACAUGGUUUAUAAUAGGAUUCACCAGGUAGGUUGUUUAGAGUGUUCUUCACAAGCACGUAAUUCACUACAAUGAAGUUGUUCUUUAACACUGUUUAUGUAACAUAUUGGAACAGUAUUUCAGUAAAUAAAUGAAAGUCAAACUUA